AUGGCUACAGGGAACAUUGGGAAGAAGCUGCAGUCAGAAAUAACUUGCCUUGUGUGCUUGGAGUACCUUGUACAACCGGUGACUCUUGACUGCGGGCACAACUUCUGCCAUGCCUGCAUUGUAAAGUACUGGGGGCAGAUUCCCGACCAGACGGCUUGCCCUCAGUGCAGAGUAGCAGUGCCUCGGUGGAAAUUUAAGCCAAAUGGGCAGCUGGCUACUGUUGUCCAGUUGAUCAGGCAGCUGAGUGAUCAGGUAAAGCAGAUGACAAGGACAAGCAAAACUUGUCAGGGACAUGAACCGGCAAUGUUGGUUUUUUGCAGAGAUGAUCUUGUCCCCAUUUGCUUACUUUGUGAUGGAUCUCAGGAGCACCAGACUCAUGAUGUUAUCCCUGUGGCACAAGCUGCUGAAGAGUACAAGAAUGUCGGAGGCGUCUUAGAACGGUAUACGAAAAAGAAGAAAUUUGAGAAUCCAGUCAGCUUUCCACCAGAGAUUAAACAUGAAAUCUGGGAAUUACAGGACUUCAGUGCUUUUCUGCCUGGUGCUGUGAAGCAAUUUGAGGAUUGUAUUAUGAAAUGCUGGAAAGAAUCUUCAUCAGAACUUGCUUGCCCUCAGUGCAAGCAUAUCGGCCAAAACAAGCCACUGGAAAAUGUGGUCGGAUUACUCAAGCAACUAAGAGCUCAAGCAGAAGGAGACACCAAAUGUUGUCAGAAACAUCAGGAGCGUUUGGAGCUGUUCUGUAAGAAUGACCAGGUCUUUGUCUGUUCAGUGUGUCGUGGAUCUGAGGAGCACCGGGAUCACACUGUCAUCCCUAUUGAAACAGCUGGUCUGGAGUUCAAG